GGAAAUGAUUUUAACUUAAGAGCUCAGAUAUCCGAGCGACCUAGAACGCAGCAUAAGCCUCAAUGCACGUGUGGAGAAUCCAAAAACCCGGACCGGAGUUUUCUCGCGGUAUUUCCUCAGCGUAGGUCAGCUCUUGCAAAUAAUCGAUCGGGAACAGCAUCGUAACAUUCAUUGUCUGAGAACUGAAGAUGUCAGCUUUCUAUGGUGGGAAGUCUGUGGACCCGCAUCAUAAGGAUGCUUUUGUCAGAGUCCGGAAAAGGGAUUUAGAGAAAUUGACAACCGAAGUCAUGCAGCUGAGAGAGUUCCUGCCCAGAGUCCUGAGUGGUGAUCUGACAGAAAUGCUUCACAAAGCCCGAAGAGCGGAGACGAAGAAGGAACACCUUGAGCAGGAACAGAAUCAGCUGAGGCAGGAGUGCUCGCAUCUUCAGUCCCGGCUGGACGCAGCACAGAGCGAAUGUCAGAAAGAGAGAGAGGAGAAGCUGCUGAUGCGUGAGCAGCUGUGGCAGAGCGGAGCGGAGCUGCAGCAGCAGGCAGACUUCUGCUCCACCAUGGGAGCCGCGGCCUGCAGCCUGCUCUGGAGCUGCUCGUCCAGGGAGGAGACGGUGACCGCCUGGCUGGCUGACGGAAAGCUUCCCUCCUUCCUGACGGUAGCUGCACAGACUCUGGAGAGUUUCGUCAAGUCCAUGGAUGACGAGAUGAAAACCGAGGAGCCUGGUUCCCAUGAGCACCAGUUUGUGCUGGCUCUGGCUGGGACCAUCACAAACGUAGCAGCAGUGACCUGUGGGCGGGACUUCCUGUGCAGCUCAGGACACGCCCUGCUGGACACGCUGAUGAAGCUGCUGCAGCUGAUGAAGCCGGCCGUCUUCCCCAAGCUCAAAGUGUUGAUGCUGAUGGCUUUGUACAAUGUGAGCAUCAGCAUCAAAGGACUGAAGUACAUCACUGACAAUAAAGAUCUGAUUCCACUCUUCUGGACGCUGCUGGAUGCUGAGCACUGGGAGGUGAGUCUCCACUGUCUGCGCCUCCUCCAGUCGGUGUUGCUGGAGGAGGAUGUUCUGGUCCUUCUCGGCUCCUCUCUGCUGGAUCCAGACCUCCAGGAUCGGGUCAGCCGGCUCACCUCCAGCGGGCAGCCCAACCUUAGAGCCAUCGCUCAGCAGACGCUGGAGGACCUGCAGGCCCUCCAAGGCCCAGUGAGAUAGACCCAGUGGAGCUGUGCUUUCUGCAGCUUCAGUCCUCUCGUCUUCAUCUGUUCAUGUUUUUCAUUUGAGCUCCAGGUGCAAAGUGAACAGGAACUGUCGGCCUGGGAGCGUUCUUAAAGUUUAUAUGUGAAAGAGUUGAAUCAUUUUACACUGUUGUUGUUUCACUAUUAAAUUCCUUUAAUGUACAUGUAAUCAUACUGGUUUGGUUUGUUAACAUGAAGACGAUGGUUCCACUCCUCUACUGCUAACAGUCCAUCACAGAGACACAGCACAUGCACGCCUAAGGACGAUUUAGAGAGACCAGUUAACCUCAGAGGCUGUGGCAGGAGGGCAGAGUACCUGCAGAGAAUCCAUGCAUGCUAAGGGAGGCCACACAAACCUUAUGCAGCCGGAUACUAAAAGAGAAAACAUCUCCAUGUGGGGCUCUACAGGCCUCAGUUAACACGGUAAAGGUUCAGGAUGCUUCACGUAUGAACAGACUACACAGAGGGCAUCUCCUCACAAAUGAGCUUUGCAGAGUUUCAUCCUGACAGACAACAGGGAUCAGACAUCUCCUCUGAAAUGCCCCUCACCAUGUUUGGUGAGGGAAAUGUUUAGUGAAAAAGACUAUAAACCUGUCUGUAGACCAAAGUGUUCUAGAGUCAAAUGCGAGGCCAUCUGUCUGAGAGCUGAAGCUUGGCCCAGACUGGGCCCCCAACAGGACCCUGAUCCCACACACAGCUGCAGAUUUAUGUCAGAAUGGCUAAAGAGGAAAGGAAUCAGGGUGUUGCAGUGACCUAGUCAAAGUCCAGACCUCAGCUUAAUUUAAAAUGCUGGGGUUGGAAUCUGCAGAAAUAAAAACUGGCACCUUCAGAAAGCUGUAGCAAACUUUGAAAUACUGCACUCGUGAGGUCUAAUAGAAAAUGGUUCCUGAUGAAUGAAGCUGCUGAAUGAGUUAAACAGAAUUGUUCCUACAGUACUCUGUCUUGUUAUAAAUCUGACAGUGAGCUUACUGAAACAGGAGAGGACCGGAUGUUAGAAAAAUGUUGGAAUAGGUCGUAUUUACUAACCUCACCAUGAAGAGAGUCUGAUUACAGAGCCUUUAGUCCUUCUGUUGUCCGUGCAUCGCAGAGUUUAGCUGACAUUUAGGGAAUUUUUGAGAACAAACCAACAGGCGAGUUGCAUUUUGUUAAUUGUACAAGCUUUAUUGCAUGUUAUUUUAGUAUGGACAUCUUAAUAUGAGCUGAUAUUCACUGAACAUGGUCUAAACUAAAUGACAAGAUCAGACAAGAGAAAAAA